AUGGCGGAGAACCUGAGCAUGCUCAACCACCCGCAGCAUCACCGCCCCGCCGGGACGAGCCCUCAGGCAUCUACAGAGGCGGCCAGUCCGGAACAUGACGCCAUGUCCACCGCUUCGCAAGGUGCGCAGACUGACAUAUCAGAGUACCACUCGCUCGAAGACACGCUGGCCCACCGACAACCACCGCCGGACCCAUCUUCUCCCCACGCUUCCCCAGCAGCCAUGCAGCAGCGGCCCCAAGCGACCAACGCCCCGGUGAACGGCCAGGUCUGCAGCAACUGCGGGACCACGCACACGCCGCUCUGGCGCCGCUCUCCCACUGGCGAGACCAUUUGCAAUGCUUGUGGACUCUACUGGAAGGCUCGAAAUCAGUCCCGGCCGACGAAUCUCAAGCGCACUGUGCAGCCUACUACGCUGGCUGUCCAGCAGACGCAAGCAACAGGACAGCCCCACGACCGGAGCGACUCUCCGUCAGGCCGCACUACCUCGCCGCGUGCUACUUAUGUUGCUGCCGACCAAUCUACCACGGGCACCUGCCCCGGUGGUGGCCGAUGCAACGGCACUGGUGGUCAGCAGGGCUGCAAUGGAUGUCCAGCGUACAACAACCGCGUCUCAAAGACGGCCCAGUUUGCUCUUGCCCCCGCUAGUGCUCAACAGAGUGCCUCUCCUGCUCCAGGCUCUGGCGACGCUCCAGCUUCCAGUGCUGCUGACAACUCAAAUGCUCCGGCCGGGCACUCACUCGGCCAAAACGCCGCUAGCGUGGUCCCAGCCUGUCAGAAUUGUGGUACCACUAUAACACCAUUAUGGAGACGCGAUGAACUAGGCCAUACUAUUUGCAAUGCAUGCGGUCUCUACCACAAACUUCAUGGCGCCCACCGUCCAGUUGCAAUGAAGAAACAAGAGAUCAAACGCCGCAAGCGCGUCGUUCCUGCGCCUCCGGAUAUGACUUAUUCCCCAUCGCAAGCUACCCAAGGCACUCCGCGUGGUUUCGAUUCCUCCGUGUCCCCUGACCCCUCUACUUCGCUCCCAGAACCCUCCGAGCCUUACGCUGACCCACAAGCUUCUUGUGCGUAUGGGCCUCUUCCUGUUGACUUCACGAAUUUCCAUCACUCCACUUCUUCAUCUGCUACAAAUCCACGCCUGAGUUACCAGCAGCAACCUUCACCCAGUGCGCCCAGCCCUCGUAAACGAUCCUUGUCUGCUGCUGAGGAAGAUAUUGCCACGCCUAUUCCCUACACCUCGAACGCCCCUCCUUCGUCCACCAACGGCCAGACGCCCGCACCAGCCACUCGCGGAAAUAGCAUUAGCGCUAUUCUAAAUCCCUCUACAGCUCGACAGACACAGAUAUCAGACGCCUCCAUUGACCCGACUCUUGGAGUUAUAGGACGGCCCGGAGAAGAUGAAAGAGCCAAGCGGAAAGACAAGUUGAGACAAGAGGCUGAGGCUAUGAGAGAAGCUCUUCGGAGGACCGAGAUGGAAUUAGAGAGUAUGGAAGGCGAGGGAGAGCAAUAA